CGUCUGUGUCCUGCGUAUCGAUUGUUGUAUUUGUGUUUUGUUUAUCGUGUAGUGGUUGUGGUGCGUGAAUAGUGUCAGUGCUUUCGGUUUAUUUUUUUAAAUAAAUACAUACUUACAACAUGGGAAACAUCCACACCGUCGGUCCAAAUGAGGCGCUUAUAGUUUCAGGUGGAUGUUUCGGCUCCACGCAGAAGAAGACCAUCGUUGGCGGCUGGGGCUGGGCCUGGUGGCUGGUCACCGAUGUCCAGCGUAUUUCGCUUGAGGUUAUGACCCUCAACCCGAUGUGCGAGUACGUGGAGACCGCCCAAGGCGUCCCUCUCACCGUGACGGGCGUCGCGCAGUGCAAGAUCAUGAAUGAAGACGAACUCCUCACAACUGCCUGCGAGCAGUUCCUCGGGAAGUCCGUCAAGGAGAUCAAGAUGACCAUACUGCAGACGCUAGAAGGCCACUUGAGAGCUAUUCUCGGAACGCUUACAGUAGAAGAGGUGUACAAGGACAGAGACCAGUUCGCGGGGCUGGUGCGCGAGGUGGCGGCGCCCGACGUCGGCCGGAUGGGCAUCGAGAUCCUGUCCUUCACGAUCAAGGACGUGUACGAUGAUGUCCAAUACCUGCAGAGCUUGGGCAAGGCGCAGACGGCGGCGGUGAAGCGCGAUGCGGACGUUGGCGUCGCGCAGGCCAAUAGGGACGCUGGCAUCAGGGAAGCUGAGUGCGAGAAGAGUGCCAUGGACGUGAAGUACUCGAUGGACACCAGGAUAGAGGAUAACACCAGGAUGUUCAAGCUGCAGAAAGCGCAGUUCGACCAGGAAGUCAACACAGCUAAAGCCGAAGCAGCUUUAGCGUACGAGUUGCAAGCCGCGAAGAUUAAACAGAGAAUUCGUAACGAAGAGAUUCAGAUCGAAAUUGUGGAGCGCCGUAAGCAAAUCGAGGUGGAGCAGAUGGAGAUCCUCCGUCGCGAAGAGGAACUGGUAUCUACGGUGCGUCUGCCUGCCGAGGCCGAGGCCUACCGCCUACAGGCCAUCGCCGAGGGCAAGCGCACCCAAACUGUGGAAGGUGCAAAGGCCGACGCCGAGCGUAUUAAAGUCCUCGGUCUGGCCGAGGCCCUGGCCAUCGGAGACGUCGGCAAGGCCGACGCCGAGCGCAUGUUAGCCAAGGCCAAGGUGUACAAGCAGUACGGAGAAGCCGCGCUCAUGGCACUGGUGCUCGAGGCCCUGCCUAAGAUCGCGGCAGAGGUGUCGGCGCCGCUGGCCAAGACGGACGAGAUCGUGCUGGUCGGCGACAACGGCGCCACGGGCGAGGUGGCGCGCCUGGUCGGCGGCCUGCCGCCCGCCAUCAAGACUCUCACCGGCCUCGAUCUCACCGCGGUGCUGAAACGUCUGCAGCCGGCUACCGGUGGAAGCGCUCCCGAAGAACCCCCUGUGGUUGCCAACUCGACCAAGAAGGUUGCAGCUUGCUAAGCGCUCAGAGCCCCGACCUGAAUGCAGUUACCUAGAAGAUCUGGCUGUAUACCGACCUCUUUGCGAGCUCUUUUAAUAUAUUGACGUGAAAUAUUUUUCGAAAAUAGAGUUAUGUAUGUGUACCUUUGUAAACAGUGUAGUCAUCAAGCAGUUGUGUGUAGGUGUUAUAAUAGUAUUGUGAUAUUUACAUCGUACAAUCUCUAGCCUAGCUCGUUGUGGAGACUAUAAUAUCGAGACGAGUGCAUUUGUUCAUAGUUCCAAGCAAUAUUAAUACGUGUAUGGUAGGUAAUUUUUAUCUUUAAUGAAAAUGUACCCCACCGUAUAUCAGUAAUUACAUAAUACGGAUAUUAAUCAUAAGAAAACUAUAAUUUUUAAAUGCAUAUGAUUACACCAACUAGCCCUAAAAGACCUUUAGAUUUUGUACUGUGUAGAAUAUAUGUAGUUUAACAAUUUUAAGACGGGUUUAGACUAGUGAAUAUCUAUAAAAGCCUCGACAUGGCACGUUUCGUACGAUUUAAAAAGUUAUCCAUGGAAUACUCAACGCUACGUAUACUUCACAUUGAUCAUGAUAUUCCAACGUUUUGAUUGGAUGUGUGGAGGUACGGUUCUUGGAACUUUGUGCUCAAAAACCAUCGGCGUCAAAAACCAGUCUUAAAAUUUGUGUCAAACACUGCCCAGUGUGUGCGAAUAGUUUUGUGUGUUUUAUUUAUUUAUGUAAAAUCGGAAGCUAUUAGGAAUGUUUAUUGUUAGCGUGUAUUAAUUAGGUAUGUGGCGACAGUCAAUAGACAUGGUCGUUUGGGAACAGUAUAGGCGGUGGUUUGACAUAGCGAACAAUCUCAGUAACAACAAAAUGUUUUCACAGACAGACUAUUUAUCUACAACUAUCCAAUAGCCAGAAACUACAGACAUGUGAAAUAUUUAUUGAAAUCGAUAGAUUUAUUGAUCUUAUUUAAUCCCAAAUAUAAGAAAUAUGCACAAAGGCCUCCCACACGCUCGGAGAAUUCCUUGUAGUCAACCCAUUUAUUAAUUUAGAGUAAAAAAUUAAACUUCAACUACAUAGAAUAGGAUAGUAAAAAAUUGGGAUCAGAAUAGAAUGCAUUAAAAAAAAAUUAAAACCAAUAUUUAAUUUAUUCGAAAAAUAGUAGCAUAAAAGUUAGGUAAUAUUUUUGAGAAAUGUGUAGGAGUCGAAAUUUGUGAUCAAAAUUUAAUGGUUAUUGUACCAAAGAAAUAGGUGUGAGUUUGAUUUACAAUAAUUUAACUAAGUGUAUUUGUGGUGUCUGACAUUUUUAACGUGUUCUGUAUAGGAGUAAAGGAUAUAGCGCAAACUUAAUAUAUUAAGUACAUACUACUUAUUAAAUUAUUAUUUUAAUGUUUCUUGUUUUAUAAUUAAGUAAUAAUUUGUCAUUUUAGUCGGGGUUAGUUUUACCUAUUAUUUGCAUGGCAAUAAUACUUCUUAUUCUGAUAUUAAUGUAACUUCAAUUUCAAAAUGGCGUACAAUGAAAAUAUUUUUUUAAUUAA